AAGACUACAUAAUUUACAUCUCUUUGCUGGUCAGUGCUACCAACUUAAAGUAAUAAAAUUUUAUGAAAAAUGUAUUUAUUUUUGAUUCAUGGAUUCAGUACUAGUGAAAAGCAUGAAAAGUGGUUUUAAUCUCUAUCAAUUUUGAAUGUGUCAUAUGUAAUACUAAUGUUAUUAAAUUGUGUAUCGUUUUUCGAAUACGGCAUUGCUGUAUUCGGAUAAAUCUCUUUCUGAUGAAGUUAAAGUUGCGCAACAUGGCGAAUCCAACUCAGCUGCUCUCGUAAAGAUUUUGUUUCGGUGACCGACACGCUCUAGUUAGCAGUGUUUUAAAGUGAACAGUUAUCACGAGUCAGUUCGAACAUUGUUAAUGGUGAUGGGACAGAUGGUGAUUUGGUGUGGCUGAAUAGCACCGACAGCGCCGCGGCCGAGGCGUCCGCAGUGCAGUACUCCGUUCGCGACUCGGGAGUCGAUAGCAAUCCGCCAAGCUGGAGCGCCUGCCGGAGUACCUGCGGGACACAGUCGACUGGUUCAUGGGGAAGGCGCGGCGCAAGGAGCGCGAAGGAGAAGCGGCGGGCGACCCCAAGCUGUACCUGCAGGAGGCGCUGCUGGAGCGCAAGCUGCCCGAGCUGGACAUGCGCCAGCUGGUGGAGCUGCCGCACGGCCUCGACUACAACGAGUGGCUCGCGUCGCACACGCUGGCGCUGUUCGAGCACGUGAACCUGCUGUACGGCGCCGUGUCGGAGUUCUGCUCGGCGCGCGCGCCCGCCUGCGCCGACAUGACGGGGCCGGGCGGGCGCAGCUACGCGUGGUACGACGAGCGCGGCAAGAAGUCGCGCGUGGCGGCGCCGCAGUACGUCGACUACGUCAUGACCUACACGCAGAAGACCGUCAACGACGAGACCAUCUUCCCCACUAAAUACGCAAACGAGUUCCCGGCGCACUUCGGCACGGUGGUGCGGCGCGUGGUGCGCCUGCUGUUCCACGUGGUGGCGCACCUGUACGCCGCGCACUUCCGCGAGCUGGCGCUGCUGCGCCUGCACGCGCACCUGCACCUCACCUUCGCGCACCUCACGGCGCUCGACCGCCGCUUCGCGCUGCUGGACGCCAAGGAGACGGACGUGCUGCGCGACCUGGAGGCGGCGCUGCGCCUCGGCGACGCGUGACCGCGCUCCAGCCGCGCGGUGUCGCACGCGCACCCGCACCUCACCUUCGCGCACCUCACGGCGCUCGACCGCCGCUUCGCGCUGCUGGACGCCAAGGAGACGGACGUGCUGCGCGACCUGGAGGCGGCGCUGCGCCUC